UCGUGUUCAAUAAAGUUUCAACAGGACUCGGCCAGCGCAGUGACGUCAUCAACGCGCGACGCUUCCUUCGCAGACACACACACGUGUUUCUGUCGGACCAGGACCCGGAGCCGCUGAAUCAGUCUCGAGUCCGGUUUUCGGUGCUUUUCCCCGGCUUGAUGGGGGAGUCCAGCCGGCUGUGCUCCGUGUGGCUCGGCUCGGAGACCGGCAUCCUGAAGGGGGUCAGCCUGGCCCGCAAACAGGCCUUCAACUUCUGCAACACCAGCCACCUGAGCCGCGACCAGGAGGUGCGGGUGCUGAGCUGGGGAGACCCGGCGGAGAGCGAGCUGCUGGUGGGCUCGGUGGACGGGACCGUGAAGACCUUCAGCACCGAGAAGGGUGCGUUCACGGACGCGCGGCGCUGCGGGGCCCCGGAGGACGGAGGCUUCAGCGGGCUGGCGGCGCUGCCCGGCUCCGCGCUGCUCACCUGCGGGGCCUGCGGGACGCUGCGGGUGUGGCGGGAGGGCAGCGCCGAGCCCGUGACGGAGCUGCAUGCGGGGAAGCACGUGAGCAGGAUGCGGCAGAGCCCCGCAGACCCGCACAGGGUCGCCACCGGCGGGAAGGACAACGGCCUGAAGAUCUGGGACCUGCAGCGGCCCGACGGACCCCUGUUCACCGCCAAGAACCUGCGGGACGACUGGCUGGACCUACGGCGGCCGCACUGGGUCAAAGACAUGGCCUUCAUCCCCGAGACCGACAAGAUGGUCACCUGCACAGGUUACCACCAGGUCCACGUGUUCGAUCCCUCCUCCUCUCAGCGGCGUCCGGUCCUGGAGUUCGAGUACGGCGAGCACCCGCUCACCGCCCUGUCCCUGCCCGCCGGCGGCAACACGGUGGUGGUGGGGAACACCCACGGGCAGAUGGCCCUGCUGGACCUGAGGAAAGGCGUGGUCCGCGGUGUUCUGAAGGGGCUGGCGGGCGGCGUGCGGGCGCUGCAGUGCCACCCCACCCGUCCUCUGGUGGCGUCCUGCGGCCUGGACCGCUUCCUCCGCAUCCACAGCCUGGAGGACCGCAAGCUGCAGCACAAAGUCUACCUCAAGUCCAGACUCAACUGCCUCCUGCUCGCCAGCAGAGACCUGGACGGCGGAUGGGGGACGGCUGGGGGAGGGGGGUCUGAGGGGGUGAAGGAGGAAGACGAGGGGGAGGACGACGAGGUGUGGGAGACCAUGGAGCGGGUGGAGGAGAAGACGAAGAGGAAAACAACAACAACAGAGGAGGACGAAGAGGAGGAGCUGCAGAAGAAGAUAAAGAAGAAGAGAAAGAAAGGACAAGACUGAGGGGCGUUUGUGGCGCGGUCAGAGUGUGGGACAUUUCAACGCCAUCAGUCAGACUGACACACAUGAAAGAAAGGAGCUUCAUCUCCUGGACAGGAAGUUUGUUUAUUGAUCUGAGACCAAUCUGUCUCUACAAAUGUAUUUUGUAAUAUUUUGUCAGCAGCCUGAGAUCUUUAUUAAAACAUCAGACACGUCUACAGUUUUGUUAUAUGUAAAAUACAUUUUAAAUGCCAGCUUUUCUUUUUUAAAUUCAUGCAACUUUUUUCUCAUCUGAAUGUUUUAGUGAAGAUUGAUGAAAAUGACACAAGGACCAAAAUCUGAAUCACAUUAAAUUUAGCUGUCAGUCAGUUUUCAGAACAUCUGCUGCUAAAAGAAGAAAACAAAUAGCUGGAAAACAGAUUUCUCAGUCUAACAAACCAAACGAUUCAAAAAUGAUCCAUUUUAAAGUUGACUUCCCUGUGGGCAACUUUGCAGCUGGUCUAAAAAAUGUACUUCACAAGCUACACUUUAAAGUAAUAAAGACAUGAAUGUAAAGCUAUAACAUUAUUCUGGUGAAAUCAUGCAGGUUCACCAGAAACUCCUUCAGCUCAGACUCCAGCG